AUGGUGGCUGCCGACCGAGCUUCUAGGCCCCCACUUGUCCAACCUCUCUCAGCGCAGCUGGCAAGCGUGAACCCUCAGGAGGACCGCAUAGCGGCAGCAUUCGGCCUCUUCUGGACACGGUGGCAGGCCAUACUGGCACAAAACCAAGCAGCCACAGCGGUACCCCAACUGCCCGCUACCUCUCCUGCAAGAGUACCAGCGCUGAAACGCAUAGCUACACCACCAACCAACACGAAGCUGCAGAAGGUAACAAAAGCUCUACCCAGACUUAAAGGCAGCAGACCGAGCACCCGAUACUGCAAGCCUGAGUCCCGACAGGCUCGGAGAGCCACCAAACGCAGCCCGCCACUCCACAAACUAAAAUGGCGCACUCAAGGGGCCUAUACCCGGCCUACACCAGGCGAAGUCAAAAAAGCCUGUCAACACUCUACCCAAGUGCAGCGAUACACAGCUGCAAACAGCACUCUGAAGGGCUUUACCUCCACAUCAAGGGGACACACAGAGUCUCACACUCGCCAAACAGCAUGGGGAGCAGAGAAACUGUCACACCACAAAGCAUACACCCCCACCACCCAAGGCACUCACACAGGACCGGGAGGCAACGGCGGAGUCCCUCUAGCUUCCAUGAUUGGCGACGCCAAGGCCCCAUGGGACUUUCCAGUAUGUGCCCUGCAAGUGCCGACUACAGGAGUAGGCUGA